GAAAAAUUAAUUGGAUAACAGCAUCGACAUCCACUGGAUAGUGCUAUCCCCCCUUCGUACAACCCGGUCCAUGUUUACAAUUACACAUACAUUCCUUUUUCCAUUCCUAUGCGUUAUGAGGUACAAGAAACGUGUUAGGGAUUCCUGUGGAUAAUGCACAGAUGUUACGUGCUUGGAUACCGCAUAGCAACGCCAUACUGGAGAGCAAGCUCUCCAGUAAACAACAGAGAUCUAAAGGUCAUACAAGCGUGCUUUCAAACGAAGAAUURUAGUUAAUACAAGCCCAAGAGCAUUCCGUUUCUAGAUAUUCAGUUAAUACAACUCGAACUUGUAUGUAAAGUGAGGGUUCUAAGUGGAAUUCGUCGCGGUUUGGAGUGGAGUUCGUCGCUUUUGCGGCCGGCUUCAGCGUCGGAGUAGAAACAAAAUGGCUGCUAACGAAGCCGAAAACUCUUCACAAGAUAUAAGUUCCCUGCCUGAGUUAACCUUUGCGUUCGUGGAAAAUUACGCAAAAGACAAGUCUGGUUGUAAGAGUACUUCUAAAGCUUACAAGUUUUUUGCCGAGCCUGGAUAUUUACAUGAUAUUAAAGUUGCCUAUGAUUUGGAUUCUGCGGUAAUAAAUGCCCGAUGCUACCGCUCAAUGAAAAAGAGCGAGCCUCCAUAUAUACUCCAAGCUAAAAUCAAGUUGACUGACUGCUCAGCUUCUGGGAGAUGCUCAUGUGUAGCUGGCAUAGGUGGAUACUGCCAUCAUGUAGUUGGUCUUCUUUACUACAUUGCCCACUGCAAACAGCUUGGUCUCCGCUCUGUCCCUGACUCCUUAACAUGUACUAGCAUGCCCAAAAGAUGGAGUAUUCCAAGAGGUAAAAAGAUUGAGCAGAAAGAAAUCCAAGACAUCUUGGUCAAAAAACCAAAAAUAGGUGCAAAUUAUAGCAAAUUCAUAAAGAGCACUCUUUACUCUCCAUCRGAGGUUUACAGAACAAUGACAAAAGAAGACUUUGAUAACUUCGAAACUAAACCACUGAUAGCUAGUAUACUCCCAAGUGCAGAGAACCUUGCAAGCAUUUCAUUUGUGCAAUGUAAAUUUGGUAAAGUUCCCAAAGGCUCAAUUAUUUCCUAUCAACAAAAACUGUCCCAGGACUAUGUUAUAAAUGAUUUUAGCUGCACUAACUUUCCAAAGCUACCUUUGGAUUCUGCUGAAAGCAGAUUUGAGAACACUUUCUCAAGUUGCCAGACUCAACAGCAGCAAGCUUCCUUGGAUGCACUGAGGGUAAGCACAGAGGCAUCACUUGACAUCCAGGAGAAAACAAUGACUCAAAGUGCAAACAAUCUGUGGCACGUGUUGAGAAGCAAACGCAUUACCGCCAGUAAGUUUGGAAUUGUUGCAAAAARAGUAAGAGAUUUUGAAAACUUGGUAAAGCAGCUCAAUCCAUCUCGCCAUGUUGUAACUGCACCUAUGAGAAGGGGAAUUGAAAUGGAACCAACAGCUGCAAUGACCUAUGCUAACAACUUGAAGGGUGGAUCAGUUAAUUUAUUUCCAUCCGGUCUAAUCAUCCAUCCUAAAUGUCCAUGGCUGGGUUGCAGCCCCGACCGUAAGGUGUAUGACCUAGAGGCAGUUCAGAAUGGCUCCAAUCCUUUUGGGCUGUUGGAAAUCAAGGUUGUAAAGGAGGGGGAGACUGACUUUGGCAAUGUCAGAUACCUUACCAAUGAUCCUAUCACCAAUGAAUACUCUUUAAAGAAAACUGAUAUCUACUAUUAUCAAGUACAGUGCCAGCUAGCCCUGACUGGCCUUGAAUGGUGUGAUUUUUUUAGUUACAUAAGUGACAAUCUUCUUGUUUGCAAGAGAAUUCUUUUUGACAAAGAUUUUUUUCAAGAAGCAAAAGACAAGGUUGAUAGUUUUUAUUUUUAACACUUUUUAAAAUAAUAUCAUUUCUUUGAACACUGAAAACCAAUGUUUAAAAUAAUAUCCUAAAAAGAUUAUAAAUACUGGAAAGGAUUUCCACAUUGCAUUUGAAAGUGACUAAUAAGUUGACUUAUUAUAGUUACCACAGUAAACCCAUAAAAAAUGGUAUUUUACUAUACAACUAUUGC